AUGACGAGUGGCACAGAUUAUGUGAACAGUUUUGCCCAAUGGCAACCUGAUGACGAAAUGCACCACUGUCUUAAUUGUCAGGCGCCUUUUUCCUUCCUCGUCAGAAAACAUCACUGUCGAUGCUGUGGUGGUAUCUUUUGUGCCUCGUGUGCUGAUAAGUUUGCGAGGUACGAUAAAACAAGAGUUAAAGUAGUCAAAAGGAGUGAGGACGAAGAGGAAUUCCCCCCCUUUAGAACAUGUCAGUCAUGCUACGAUAACUUGUUGCAUUUAAAACUGCUACUGACAGCAUGGGGGAGACGUAUGGAACCACAAGUAAGAGUCGGUCGUUCCGACGACAGUCGACCAGAAAGCAGUUCAAGAUGUGAUUCACUGGUUACAGUCCUUGGGAUGAAUGAAGUAUCCAAAGAUAAUAAUGAAACUGAGCACACACAUGAAAUAAGUGGGAGUGAUAGAGGAAGUGUACGGCGUGGCCGAAAUGAAGAUGAGAGGUGUUGUCCCAUCUGUAAUGUUGAUCUAACCAAAUUUGAAGCUGAAGAAGAUGCACAAACGCACGUACAAGAUUGCAUUAAUAGAGCAGUAUCGAUACAGCAACAUAAAUAUGGUGACGAUGAUGAAACGCUAAGUCCAAGUUUCCAGAAUAGAAUGCUUGUUUAUAAGAUUGCAGAAGGUGAUGGGGAUAAUCACUACCAAGAAUGCCCAAUAUGUUUCGAAGAAAUGCUUCCAGGUGAAAAAGUUGGGAGGUUGGAAUGCUUGUGUGUAUUCCAUUACAAAUGUAUAAAAGGAUGGUUCAAUAAAAAACUUCAAAAAAUGAAGACAAAAGACGUAAAGUAUGUGGGCAAAAAUUUUUGUCCCUUACAUGAUGCUGUAUUUUGA